AUGGCUGGUGAGACUAGUGAUGCUGGUAUGUCUGGUGAGGUUAGGGAUGCUGGUAUGACGGUUGAGGCUGUUGAUACUGAUAUGGAUGGUGAGACUAGUGAUGCUGGUAUGGCUGGUGAGACUACUGAUGCUUGUAUGGCUAGUGAGACUAGUGAUGCUGGUAUGGCUGGUAAGGCAAGUGAUGCUGGUAUGGCUGGUAAGGCUAGUGAUGCUGGUAUGGUUAGUGAGACUAGUAAUGCUGGUAUGGCUGGUGAGGCAAGUGAUGCUGGUAUGGCUGGUAAGGCUAGUGAUGCUGGUAUGGUUAGUGAGACUAGUAAUGCUGGUAUGGCUGGUGAGUGGGCAAGUAAUGCUGGUAUGGCUAGUGAGACUAGUUAUGCUGUUAUGGCUGGUGAGUCUACUAAUGCUGGUAUGGCUAGUGAGACUGGUAUGGCUAGUGAGACUGGUAUGGCUGGUGAGACUAGUGGUGCUGGUAUGGCUGGUGAGACUAGUGGUGCUGGAAUGGCUGUUGAGACUAGUGAUGCUGGUAUGGCUGGUGAGACUAGUGUUGCUGGUAGGGCUGGUAAAACUACUGUUGCUGGUAUAGCUGGUGAAGCUAGUGGUGUUGGUAUGGCUCGUGAGACUAAUGAUGCUGGUAUGGCUGGUGAGGCUAGUGAUGCUGUUAUGGCUUGUGAGACUAGUGAUGCUGGUAUGGCUGGUGAGACUGGUAUGUCUGGUGAGACUAGUAAAGCUGGUAUGGCUGGUAAGGCUAGUGAUGCUGGUAUGGCUGGUGAGACUAGUGAUGUUGAUAUGGCUGGUGAAGCUAGGCAUGCUGGUAUGGCUGGUGAGUCUAGUGAUGCAGGCAUGGCUGGUGAGGCAAGUGAUGCUGGUGUGACUGGUGAGACUAGUGAUGCUGGUGUGACUGGUGAGACUAGUGAUGCUGGUAUGACUGGUGAGACUAGUGAUGCUGGUGUGACUGGUGAGACUAGUGAUGCUGGUAUGGCUUGUGAGACUAGUGAUGCUGGUAAGGCUGGUGAGACUAGUGAUGCUGAUAUGGCUGGUGAGACUAGUGAUGCUGGUAUGGCUGGUGAGACUAGUGAUGCUGGUAUGGCUGGUGAGACUAGUGAUGCUGGUAAGGCUGGUGAGACUAGUGAUGCUGAUAUGGCUGGUGAGACUAGUGAUGCUGGUAUGGCUGGUGAGACUAGUGAUGCUGGUAAGGCUGGUAAGGCUAGUGAUGCUGGUAUGGCUGGUGAGACUACUGAUGCUUGUAUGGCUAGUGAGACUAGUGAUGCUGGUAUGGCUGGUAAGGCAAGUGAUGCUGGUAUGGCUGGUAAGGCUAGUGAUGCUGGUAUGGUUAGUGAGACUAGUAAUGCUGGUAUGGCUGGUGAGGCAAGUGAUGCUGGUAUGGCUGGUAAGGCUAGUGAUGCUGGUAUGGUUAGUGAGACUAGUAAUGCUGGUAUGGCUGGUGAGUGGGCAAGUAAUGCUGGUAUGGCUAGUGAGACUAGUUAUGCUGUUAUGGCUGGUGAGUCUACUAAUGCUGGUAUGGCUAGUGAGACUGGUAUGGCUAGUGAGACUGGUAUGGCUGGUGAGACUAGUGGUGCUGGUAUGGCUGGUGAGACUAGUGGUGCUGGAAUGGCUGUUGAGACUAGUGAUGCUGGUAUGGCUGGUGAGACUAGUGUUGCUGGUAGGGCUGGUAAAACUACUGUUGCUGGUAUAGCUGGUGAAGCUAGUGGUGUUGGUAUGGCUCGUGAGACUAAUGAUGCUGGUAUGGCUGGUGAGGCUAGUGAUGCUGUUAUGGCUUGUGAGACUAGUGAUGCUGGUAUGGCUGGUGAGACUGGUAUGUCUGGUGAGACUAGUAAAGCUGGUAUGGCUGGUAAGGCUAGUGAUGCUGGUAUGGCUGGUGAGACUAGUGAUGUUGAUAUGGCUGGUGAAGCUAGGCAUGCUGGUAUGGCUGGUGAGUCUAGUGAUGCAGGCAUGGCUGGUGAGGCAAGUGAUGCUGGUGUGACUGGUGAGACUAGUGAUGCUGGUGUGACUGGUGAGACUAGUGAUGCUGGUAUGACUGGUGAGACUAGUGAUGCUGGUGUGACUGGUGAGACUAGUGAUGCUGGUAUGGCUUGUGAGACUAGUGAUGCUGGUAAGGCUGGUGAGACUAGUGAUGCUGAUAUGGCUGGUGAGACUAGUGAUGCUGGUAUGGCUGGUGAGACUAGUGAUGCUGGUAUGGCUGGUGAGACUAGUGAUGCUGGUAAGGCUGGUGAGACUAGUGAUGCUGAUAUGGCUGGUGAGACUAGUGAUGCUGGUAUGGCUGGUGAGACUAGUGAUGCUGGUAUGGCUGGUGAGACUAGUGAUGCUGGUAUGGCUGGUGAGACUAGUGAUGCUGGUAUGGCUGGUGAGACUAGUGAUGCUGGUAAGGCUGGUAAGGCUAGUGAUGCUGGUAUGGCUGGUGAAGCUAGUUAUGCCAUAAUGGCUGGUGAGGCCACUGAAGCUGGAAUGACUUCAGGGACCUCUUAUUGA